CACCGGCCGGCACGCUCGGUGAACGGUUCGGCUCCAGAGCGUGACACCUCCUUAGAGGCAAGAAGCUCCAGCCCUCUGAACGCCGUCGGAUUGAACCCAGUGGCAUAAGAACCUUGAAAUACGAUUAGAGAUGCAAGGGAGAUUAGCACGGGCAAGAGAGUUGAAGUCUUGCACCAUCUCCAUUGGUGUGUCAGCAUAAAGACAGAACUACACAGACAUCAGGAAAUCAGUACUUCGCCCUUCCUCAGGAUGCCAGAUCCAGAUAUUUUCUCCCAUGAACUCAGCAAGGUGUCAGUUUUGUGACCUCACCCAGUCCUGUGAAGCAGAUUUCUACUGCAUGCCUUGGAUACAUGCUUCUAAGCAGCUUAUGGGCUUUCCGUGACCUACGCUUCUUUUCCUAAUGCUGAUCUGACUAUGGCUGUCCUCAAAGUAAAAUUCACCAAAACUAAGAGGGACAAACUGGCUCAGAUCCUAUGGAUCCUCAACUGGGUUUCUGUAGUGAGUGGGAUCAUUCUCUUCAGUCUUGGCCUCUUUCUGAAAAUAGAGAUCAAGAAGCGCAACGAAGUGAUGGCAAAAGGGGACAUUAACUCUGUUCCCAACAUGCUGAUCUCUGUAGGAGUCAUAGCAUGUGUCGUCAACUUUUUGGGGGGCAAAAUCUGCUACGACUGCUCAGAUGCCAACAAGUUCUCCCGAUGGAAGCUAAUUAUGUUCCCAUACAUCAUAUGUACCUUCUGUUUUACUUUCUGCAUCCUGUUGGGUGCUCUCAUGUGCUAUACCAUGAGGAAUGAGCUGGAAGAAUCUCUCUAUCUGGGACUGAGGGAUGCUAUUAAGUUCUAUAAGGACACAGACAUACCUGGAAGAUGUUUCUUAAAAAAAACAGUGGAUAUGUUACAAAUUGGAUUCCAGUGCUGUGGAAACAACGGCUUUAGAGACUGGUUUGAAGUUCAGUGGGUAUCUGCUCGUUACCUGAACAUGGCUUCUAAGGAAGUUAUGGACCGUUUCAAGAGUAAUGUUGAUGGGAAGUUCUUAGUGGAUGGAGUACCCUUCAGCUGCUGCAAUCCAAGUUCCCCACGGCCCUGCAUCCAGUACCAGCUGACAAACAACAGUGCCCACUACAAUUAUGAUUUCCUGACAGAGGAGCUCAAUAUCUGGAUGAAGGGGUGCAGAGAGGCCUUGCUGGACUACUACACAGCUAUAAUGAGAUCUAUUGGUAUUGCGGCAUUGCUUAUCUGGUUGUUUGAGCUCUCUGUACUUAUUGGUGUUCGGUACCUACAAACAGCAAUGAAGAACACUCUGCUGCGAGGAGAUCUGCAGGGUGAAUCAGAUGGCUGGUUACUAGAAAACAGCUUUAUGGAAACUGCCAAACACAACAUCAAUAUUAUCAAGAACCUUGGCAAAGCCAACCAGAUCUCCACUGUCUCAGGCAUGAAUGAUCCCAACAUUAAUGUUCAAAACACAAACUGUGACAAAAGCAAUGUUACAGCAAAAUCUAUCCCUGCAGCCAGCUAGACAAGUCUUCAGCAAAAUGAUGGCUCAGUUUUGAUAUACUACGAUCUUAGACACUGGACUUUCACUAAUGGGAAAAAAAGCAAUAUGAUAACUGAACAAAAAUAGACUGGUUACAGCAACAGGAUGUUGAUGCUUCUUUGGCAGGAUGUAUUUUCUUUACCAAUUCUAAUGAAAUUCUUGAUUUUUGUAUGUGUACAAAACAGUCUUUUGAAUUUUUCCCUCUUCGUCUCCCCUGCUUACACAUUCCUGUCCUGGUCUGAAUAGAUCAGAAUAAUGAUUACACAUAACGGGACGUACAGCUUGGAUCAGUAUGUUCUAGAUAGGAUUCAAGUAGUUUGUGAUUACUGUCACAUCUUCAGAAAUCCCAGCUGCAGAGAAAUUUCAUCAGAAAUAACUUCUCUGGAUAAAAAGGUUAUUAAAAGAAAGAAUGAUCACUAACACAGAAAUGAAGAUUGAACUAAAGUCUAAGUUACAACAGGUAAAUUUUAAGCCAAAUUGAAGUAUAUUAUCACUCCUCCAAAAUAACUUAUUAGCUAAGUAAAAUUGAAAUCAAGUUAAAGGCAACAAAAGUUGGUUUGUCUAGUGUAUGUAACUUGCUUUGUUUUUUAACAAUCUGAAGACAAACUUAGAGAAAGCCAGCUGGCCUGAAAGUUAGAGCACUAUUAAAAGGAGUUCUCUGCUCAAAACCACUAAUUGAUAGCUCAUACAGGAUAUUAAAACUCCAAGUAGCACGUGCUAGCACGAGAGUAAAAAUAAGCAAAUACUUCCCAUAAAACAAAUACUGAUGGCCCCAGAUGUUAAAAAUGCUCAUAAUUUCAGGAGUAGCUAUACAGAUCCACAGGCUGGAAAACAAGAGAUUAUUUGCAACCAACAAAGACCAAGAUAGAUUGUCAUCUCUCCCAUCACGUUCCUAGUACAGUGCUUAUGAAGUUUGUAUGUCAAUGUACAGCACAAAAGCCUUUCUGUACUUGCAGUAACAGGAUGCCUAUGCUUAAUUCAUCAGUAAUAAUACGGCUUUAAGUAGUAAAACAUAUACAUACAGAACAGAGGAUAAAAAAACCAAAAUAUAUUACUUGAUAUCUUGUGAAUAACACACUAUUUGAAUAUAACUUUGGUCACUGUGCACUCUUUGUAUAUAAUCAACAAAAAGGAAUAAUCCCAUCAGUAUGAUAUUCAAAGCAGAACUAUUCUGCUCUUCAAAUUGUACAAAAUUAAGAGUAAGAAUUACUUUACCUGUCCCAACGUUGUUUUCUAUGACACUACAGUACGCAAGAAUUAUACUUUGUGUGAUGGAAAAAUCUAUAUUGUAAGUCAAGCAAGCUAUAUGCAUGAUUGUAAUUGCAAAUGCAGUUGCAUCACUUAAGUAUGUUAAAAAUAAAAAUAGAGAGGUCUAUACUACAGGUCUGUCUGUAGCAGUAACCGUAGCUGAGGUUUUACAGAAAGCACACGAGAAGCAAGACCACUAGGAAAUACUUUUUUCCUGACAAAGCUUCCUAACUUCCAGGAAACAGCAUAUUGUUAACUUGGUAUGAUUGUAUAUGAAACAAAUGUUUUAAUAACUCUCCAUGGAUUUUUUUUUCUAUGAAUUUGUACAGUGUUUGUUUUUUUUUUUUAACCCAUUCAUGGUUUUCAUAUCCAAAACGCAGAUUUUGAUUUCUCACAACUCAGCUUCGCAUUUCUUGAAAAAGUGCUUUGCUUUUUGACUCCCUAACCUCAAUGCAUAUCCCUUCAUCUUUGCUGUAAGAUGCAGCUGAUAGUCAUCCCUUAUUUAUUCUCUUCAUGCUGUCCCUGAUUUUACUGUCCUCUGUUAAAAAUCUCUGUCCAAUCUUCCCAAGUUGAAGAAGCUGCUAUUUAAUCUUUCUGCCUAUUGAAAUUAUUGCUCUUCUUUGGCAGUUUUUGUAACUCUUCACUAUUCAUGAUUUUUAAAUGAAAAACAAGGUAACACCGAGGAUGUUAUGAAUUAAACUGGCUUUCUGGCUUUUUCCUAAGACUUCCUGUCAUUGCUUGCUUUUUUGUAAGUCUGAGCAUUUGGGUAACAUUUUCACAAAGCCAUCCAUAAAAAUAUCAAGGCAAAAACCAGUGCGUCAUUCCUUCAAACAUUUCUGAGAGCCAAAAAUAUCAUUUCUGCUCUACAGCUGUUAUGCUGUUUCUAAUUCUACCUAAUGCCCUUGGGCACAAUCCUGACUCCCUUUCUUUUCUAUCUUUCAGUGUGGUAAUGACAAAAUUCCAUAGAGCUUUAUUACUGGACUGAAAAACGCCCAGCUUUUAUGUCUCACUGAACUAAGAAAAGUACACCCACCUUUUAGACUAUGAGACAAAACAAACUUCAGUGAACCUGGGAAAUACAAUCCCAAAGGAAGCAGCUCAUGGUUUGCAGAACACUCAGCACAACAGUUUCCUGAGCCUACCAGAAACAUUAAGAUUAGAUGAUAUAAUACUGGAAAAAGAAUGAACAUUGAAAAUUGACAUUUUUACAUAUUAAGGAGAAAGGCAGUCAUAUGCUGCAAAUUGAACACUUUUCAACAUAAUAUGAUAAAAAUGCAAUUUUUACCUGUAUUUUUCUUUUUUUUUUUUUCAGACCAGCAUGCAGAGCAUCACAUGCUUCAGUAAAUAAACAGUCAUUUUUCCAGUAAAACUGUAAUCCAUCUAUAUUUGGAAAAACAGUUCUACGUCGCGUGAUCACAAUUAGGGAAGAAAAACAGAGUGACAAACAGAACUUUGGCUUCAUUAGGAAAAAUGAA